UAAAAAAUAUGGAAGGAAUCCAGGUUGCUCAAUAUGUAAGUGAUUUAUCAGAUGAAGAAGUUUAUAAAGAAAGUAAUGAAAAACCUCAAAAGAAGAAAAAAAGAACAAAAUAUUGGGUCAAAGAAGCUGUGUUUGAUAAUGCUGGUGAAGCCGAAGCAUCACUUGGUAAUGCAUGGUCAAAACAUUAUACAAACUAUUCAGAAAUUGGAAGAAAAGUUUAUUACAGAUGUGAAUUAGAACAAUGGUGCAAACAGAAUGUUGAUAUUCCAACUGAUGAAAAUAAAUAUUUUGUUGUUUCAUAUAAAAUAAUUUACGACGAUGAAGAAGAUGAUGACGAGGAAGAUAUUAAUGGAAAUAUAUUUCGUGUAUUUUUAUCAUCUGUACGGUUGUUGAACAUUGCAUCAAUAUCAUCACAUGUACAUGCUGAUGCAACAUAUAAAUUAAUUUGGCAAGGAUUUCCAGUACUUGUAAUUGGAACAACUGAUUUGAAGAAGGUUUUUCAUCCAUUUGGUUUAGCUAUAUGUUCCAAUGAACAAACGAAAGAUUUUGAAUUUAUUUUUAAUAGUGUACAAAUUGGUUUGGAAAAAAUAAAUAAAAAUUUACUUAAACCAUCAGCAUUAAUAUCUGAUGUAGCCGACUCGAUUAAAAAUGGUUUUAAGAAUUGGAAGAUGAACAACAGGCAAAAAAAUCAAUCAAUAAUAGAAUUUUUAAAUUAUUUCGAUAAUGAAUGGAUCCAAACAAAUGGUGGCUGGUAUGAAGGUAUUCAACUUUAUACACCUUCCACCAACAAUGCCCUAGAGGCAACCAAUAAAGUAAUAAAAGAUGAUGGUACAUUUAGAGAACGUCAUGUUCUAUCAAGAUUUUUAGUGGUAGCUUCAAAUAUAAUUAAUAAUUGGUCAAUUGAACGUGAUCCAUCUUCAAUAAAUACAAAACUUUUUGCUACAGAACCAACAAUUUGUUUAAAUUUAUGGACUACAUCUUAUCAAUGGGCAAAAUCAUCAAAAAAUGUUAUUUGUAUUAAAAAUGAUGUGUCAAACAAAUAUUACAUACCAGCUGGCAAUUUAGAAUCUAUUUCACAAGGUGAUUUAAAUAAAUACGUAAACAAAAAAUGGACAACUUUCAACCAGUUUAUGAAGUCUUUUGAUAUUUGGUGUGUAGAAAUUAAGAAUGAUUCAGAUUGGAAAACAUCAAGAUGCACCUGUCCAGCUUUUCUUAAAAACUACAUUUGCAAACAUAUCAUCGGGAUGAGUAUUCGUUUAAAACUUUGUAAACCACCACCGGCAGCAAAAAACGUGCCGAUUGGUGAGAAAAGAAAGAGAGGUCGACCAGCAAAAGCAAGACGUGCUUUACUAAUGCAAUAA